UCGAAGCAGGAAGCCAACGGAAUGACCUCGCUCUUAAGCAGCAAUGAAUUUGACUUCAGCAAGUGGGACUUCCCAGCCGAACGCAUCUGGCUGCACAAGUCCAACGGAGAGAUCACGUGGAAGAUCUGCACUUUUCUGCCCCUGAUUGCCUUCGGUCUGUAUGGGAACUUCACCAUGGUUUAUUUGAUAGCCGCCAACCGUUCCUUGAGGUCGCCCACCAAUCUGAUCAUUGCCAACAUGGCAGUGGCGGACCUGCUGACCCUGGCGAUUUGCCCGGCUAUGUUUAUGCUGAACGAUUUCUAUCAGAACUACCAGUUGGGCUGCGUGGGCUGCAAGCUGGAGGGUUUCCUUGUGGUGGUGUUCCUCAUCACAGCCGUGCUCAACCUCUCGGUGGUCAGCUAUGAUCGUCUGACGGCCAUCGUCCUGCCAAUGGAGACGCGGCUCACUGUGAGGGGUGUCCAGAUAGUGGUGGUCUGCACCUGGCUCCUGGGCAUCCUACUGGCAUCACCCUUGGCUAUAUACAGAGCCUACAGGGUGCGGAUCUGGAAGAACUUUACAGAGCGUUAUUGCAAGGAGAACACCUCCAUUCUGCCCAAGUACUGGUAUGUGCUUAUCACCAUCCUAGUUUGGUUGCCCCUGGGCAUUAUGCUCAUCUGCUACAUAGCCAUAUUUUACAAGCUGGAUCGGUAUGAAAAACGAGUCCUGAGUCGCGAAAAUCCCCUCACAGUCAGCUACAAACGCAGCGUGGCCAAAACGCUCUUUAUUGUGGUGGUGGUCUUUGCAGCUCUCCGACUGCCAUUCACUAUCCUAGUGGUUCUACGGGAGAAAUACUUCGACGAGGAUGUCUCCGUGAGCAGUGGAAUGCAAUUCUUCUGGUACUUCUCGCAGUACUUAAUGUUUCUUAAUGCCGCCGUCAACCCGCUGAUCUAUGGAUUUAACAAUGAGAACUUUAGACGGGCCUACCAUCAAAUCUCCUGGGUUCGACGUUGUAGGGAAGCAGCGAAAAUGAAGAAAAUAUCUGGGACAUCAAAGCAUUGCUGCUACUGUGACUUUAUAAAGAGGGGCAAAGCAAAGGCAGAUGGACAAGCACAGCAGACAGGGGACGUUGAGAGGGACUUGAGCAGGGACUUAUCCACAGAGGUACCAACGGCCAAGUCAACUGAGAGAAUUCAAGAUGAUCGGGCUGAUAUACUACCAUCAGAAGUAGAGGUAGAUGGGUAUAUAUAG